GAUUUGCUAAACAGGAACACUAUCAAAUUCAUGACUAUGUGACUGUCAUGGCCUGACGUCCACAGACAAUUUCACUGACUGCUUGGAGAGCAGCCUGGCUCGUAGUACACCCAACACAAACUGGUCCCUAUGUACGUUUUGAAAACCUUUUUAAAACGUGAAGCCGUGAAAGGAUACAUUGCCUACCCUGGGACUUGUGGCGAGAAAGCUUGCAUCUGAAAAUCAACUAAGAACGUAGUCAAGUCAUCCGUCAUCCAGUCAUCGGAGAUGACUCUUGGUGAACUAGUGUGUUGACAGCUAAGCUUCCACCACCAGUCCUAGUACUGUGAAGGCCACCAGUAGUCUGAGACUGGUUCUGCGUUUCGGAUAGUUCAUGUUCGAAGAGUCUUUCAGAGGUUUCAACGCUACGUCUGAUGUUAUAACUAUCAAGAACGGAACGCUUCGAGAUAUUCGAAAGUUUUGUUCUUCAAACCUUUUGAGUAUCUCCAAAGUAGCCUAAUCAGAUGCCACGAAGGAGAUCGGAUCGACGUGAGCACUCACGAGAAGCUCCGAGAGAAAUUCCUCUUUCAAAAUAGUUCUAGUUGUCGUGCAAUUUACGAAAACAAACCUAGAAACAUAUACCAGACGAGCAGGUAAUGCACAGCAGGUGACGGAUCAUAACGUACCUAAAACAAACCAACUCGACCUACCAGUCUCAAGCAAUGGUAGCAAUCUAUGAUGGCCGCUGUCUAUCAUCUGCAGUAUUGACAGAACUUCUCACGAGUGGCUCGCCUCUGUUACUGUCAUCUACUCUCUGGCUUAUCCAAGUUUGCCUUCGUGAAUUCCUACAUCCUGUUCUAAGAAGAGGUGAAAUCGCUUUAUAUUCUCAAGCUCUACUGCUGGGAUCUUUUCCGUUCAUCAUCGAGAUCUCCACUCUGGCAGCUUCUGUUUCAAAUUAGUUGUCGAGAACCUGGAGUUACCAAAAUCACUUGGAGUCAUAAAAGUUCCUCGACGUAGAAGUCAACAUUGUUCAACCUGAACCAUCAGGUACCCAGCCUGAAUAUAGAAAACAAACUCCUGAGUAUUGACAAUACACAACUAUAAUGUAGAAUAAAAUCUUUCGUUCGACAGGCAAACCAUACAUCUGAUUCAUCAACUUCACCCAUACUGUAAGUAACGCACCUUUCAUCGAGCCCAGAAGAUCCUGCGAGUCACUACAGAAUGCAAAGAACCUGCAAUUGUAAACUGAGCGAGUGGUUAUCUUCUAAACUCUCACAAGUGGGCCUCUAGCCUCCAUGUAGUCCGGGCCACACUUCACUGGCCAUCUCUGUCCAAGAAUGUGGACUUCGAGGCUUUGUGACCGAGAAAACAAAUUUCAGCGAUAUAUGAAUGAAGUGGAGUCAGCUUCCCAUGACUGGAGAUGACAUAAUCUUUCUAAAAGCCUCUAGAUACUCCAUCGAGACUUGCAAGAGGCUUUAUCACGGAAUCUAGUCAAAGUUUAGCCGCAUUAUGCGGGGAAACUUUGAGAUUAAAUGCGGCCUAAAGUACAGUCAACGAAGACUGUACUGUAAAUACAUGAAAGUGCAGUGAAAGUUUUCACACUCUAUAUCAAUGUAUGCAACAGUUGCUUAACAUAGGUGGAAACGCCCAUCUAGAACAGGGCUUUUUAGAGCUUGGAUCAGUGCGAUACCUACUUCUGUUGAGUGCCCUGUAAAGCAUCCAACAAAUAGCCGAGUUUACGAGGAAAAUGUGCGCGGUAGACUUUGCCAGUCAAUUUCUCUCUCCUCUUUCAAAAGAUCAGGUGUUGCUCUAGAAACCGGAGGAUUCUACACCAGGUAACAAGAGACCUAGAGCAGUAAGAUCAAAGUAUAUCCCAUUCUAGAUAAACUGCUUAAGAAUAUCUGGAAUUACUUUUGUCUCCGCCUGCAACGCCGAUGUAAUAUUUAAAAGUAAGAUAAUUACUUCCCGUGACGCCGGUCGACAAUCUAUUGGCAAUGACAAGUUGAGAAGAUGAAAACGAGGCAGAAAUUAGAAUCGGUAAGAAGGCAAUGCAGAGUGGCCUGCGCACUACGCGUGACCGCAUCCACAUGGCAGCUAAAAGCAAGGAACUUAUCGAACGUGAUCAACUUCAAUUGUUUCAUUACGGAGUAGACCAUACCAUAAUCAUUCCUGUCCUCAUAUAUACUGAAUUGCUUGCCUCGUCGGCUUCAUCACUAUUGACAAGUGACCACCGACCUACACAGCGUACCAGGUCAACAGCUGUACUGAUAUCAACCAAUAUUUAACAAGUAAUAUCAUAGUCUAAAAGUUUAUCGAUGACAUCACCAGGAACAACAACGGUCAAGGCAUUCGGAGAUUUAUGAUCCUGCAUAGGACGUCAGGGCCUAGACUGCGAACUAAGAUUCUGUCCUCGAUGCUCACAUCCCAGUCCCGGACACACAAGAUCACCAGAACCCCUACCAUACUUGACUUCCAGUCUUCCGACAUCCGUCCUGCCUCACAUAAACACAGGGCACUCCUGGUUUCUAUACUGCUCAAUAACAGAAGGCUGUAAUGAUUUCCAAUUACGUAGGACAGUGUACGCAAGUAAAAGUAACAUCGCUCAGUUAGUUCAGAUCACUGAGAAGUAGCAACCGAGUUAUAAAGCUCGUGAACGCUGGAAAGGCAUAUAAUAUCCAAAGCAAUAUGCGAUUUCAGACAGCAGCAGAACCUGAAGAAAUUCAAUGUUUCCGCUUGGAGACUACGAUUGAGAUUAGUUAGCUAACAGAAACUACUAUACGAUUUGUGGAGGCAAUAUUCGUGUGCACAUAUGAGGAAAACGAACCAUUCCUUCAAAAGAAUAGCUUCUUCAUUUACACUGUUCCAUUCUCGAUCCGGAUUGUUAUGAAUAGCAACCACGAAAUACGAGACGAACUCCAACUAUCAGGGUUCACUGAGCGCAUUGGAAAAACACUGUUGAUGUACGGAUAGUCCGGACUCCAUAUGCAGAGUGAGAACACCUUCGAGGCAGAGGAAAAAACAGGGAUCGACAAACCAAAUUGUGAUCCGAAAAGAAUCUGCUGACAGACUUGUGAAUGAAUAACAAGUUUUUCCAGUUCACUCAAACUUGACCGACAAUGUUGCGAUGCUCUCUGUGUAGAUAUUCAACAAAGGUUCAAUGUGGUAUACUGACGGAACAACUUUUACCAAGAAAAUGCUCAUCAAGUAGAACACGGAAAGUUCUCAUAAGACGGUGGGGCAUGCUCUUUGAUAUGAAAUACCCCGUUAGCAACAACCGCUGAUACUUAGUACCUAUAACACGACUUUAAGGGACAAGGGAACGGGUGGCACUUAAUAUCGUGAUUCAUUGGAAGACCCUCUUCCGAUUUCUUCGAUAAAUCAUGAAUUGCAAAUCAUUUCAGCUUCAGUAGAUUCACCGCAUAUUCGCACGAUUUCGCUACAGGGGCUUUUGCAUUGCAUGAGACGUGACAGGAGCUCAAAGUUGGCCAACAACGUAUACAAUUUCUCUGAGAUUUGGCCGGAUGAGCUAAAUAUGACUCGGAUUUCAAAACACUAGUGCCUUCGGCGACGUCCAGGUCCGAAUGCAGCUGAACCGCCCUUGGCUUCCAUUGCGUCACGAUAUAACCCCGAAUGCAUGAAGUCCUUAGACAGACGAGUGCCGUGAGACUCAAUUCUGCCCAACCCGUGUAGAAACUGCAACAAGGCACAGGUCCUGUGACUCGACACGACACCACUCUCAAAGAAUCUUGCCCUCUGCCUUCUCACCGGGUAAGCAAUCACACUCUUCCUCGUCUCGCCAUUCGAAUGGCAAUUGUCCGAUUUGCUCGUAUACCAACUGACUCACAAUUCAUCUCCAAAAAAUUCAUGACCCUCGUUCUUGACUUUACGAUACUCCCUUCCUGGCCCUUAUGUACUUCUUACGUCAGCUUAGUGACGGAUUUCAGUAUGAAAUGACUCCGACCCGAAAUGGGGUGGAUGAUUCAAGUCCGCUGGCACUCCUACAUUAGCGUCAAGUACGUAAUGAAUUUCGGUACUAA